UCUAAUCAAUCAAUAAAGACUGACCAGCUAUGUAGUCCCCGCACACGUGUCCGAUCAGGUUGUCCUGAUUCACGUGCGAUGCUCCGAUACCAACUGUUACAUGCACAGAUACUUGAUGUACCUCGAAGACGAAGCUGGAGCAACGGCGCUGCAGGAACUCCUGCUGCGCGGAUGAAGCGGGUGCCAACGGCAGAAGUAAAGCGCCGGAGCCGGCAGAUCACGAAGCUGUUUGAAUCGUUCGAUCCGUACAAUGAGAUGCAGGGAAGAAUUGAAAGGGUCUGGAUUACAGACAUUGCCUCAGAUGGCCACAAUCUUGUCGGCCACACAAAGAACUAUGUUCAAGUGCUGGUCCCAUCGGCUGAUGACCUCCUUGGCUCAAGCGUUCAUGCAUGUAUCACAUCCACUACUCGGUGGUCGGUGGUUGGUGAAGUUCGUGGGUCAAUAAUAACAUCAACAAGGUCUUAUGCUGUUCCAAUCGGUUCGACCAAGUUAAAGCCUGGAGCAAAAAGAGUCGUUGCAACUUCAGUCGGCAACCAGUGCUGCUCUGACCAAGGUGGUACAAAGAAUUGCUGCAGCAGUUUUCUUACAGGGAGCAAAACGACGCGAGGCGAUAAAUCUCAAGAGGAGAUCCCAUCAAAUGGCAAGAUAAUGGCAACCACAACUCCUCCGAAUUCGCAGGAGCCGUCUGCGAAUGGCACGAACGCCUCAGAUGCUCCACAGGCAUCCAAUUCGUCGACUGAAGCCAAGCAAAGGGGCAAAGGAAUCGGACAAUUGGACCUCCCACAAGAUGCAUGCAAUGCUGACAGUGGUUAUCAGACUGUACCGCAGCAUGCUCACCUGCGGUUUGGUUGUGGGCAGUCCGUUAUGAGGAAGUUGAAUGGAUAUCCGGAGUUUUUUUCAAGGUCCAGGAUCAACAGAGCAUUGACUGUUGCGUUGAUGGCUAUCUUUAUUGGCAUUGUCGGACUGUUGUCUUGCGGUCACUGGGGUUACGUUGGGAGUUAGUGUCAUGCUCAUAGUGUGAGGGUGCUGGUAGCCUGCGGCUGUACAUACAAUGAGUAUCAGGAGCGGCAGGACACGAAGAGGACUACCAGUAGUGAGGAAAAGAACUGGUGCUUCAUUUCUGGUGUUGUUCUCUCCCCACCCUGCAUGUUGUUUUCUCCAAAGGGGCGUGAGAAAACAAUGAUGAAUGCUCAUUUAUUGUUGGCAUCAUAAAAGAUGUGCAUGAGUGCAUUAAAAUGUAUUGCUAGGUGUUUGUCGUGCAUGGGAUUGUGUGUUUAGCAUAUGUGCAGCAAUUGGAAAGGGUGUUAUGGAUUUGAACGAUCGU